UUAAAGUACAAGUACAUCACACAAAAGAUAAAAAUAGAAAUACGUGAUUAUUUCAUUCAACAUAUCCAGUGAUUAUUAUGAAAAUGAAUAAACACUUUCAUUUAAAUAUAUGUAUAUGUAGUCAUCACUGAUUAAAUACUUUUCAUAUUGACUGUGUCUGCAAGGGUUUGCAGCGAUGCACAGAAAACUGUGCUCAAAUAUGGCAAACAAGAAUGUCCAUAAGUUAGGAGUGUGUACUUCAGCAUGUACCUCAAGGUGAGUUUUACAAUGUAGCUGCAUGAAUCUGACCAACAGAAUUCGUUUUUGACAACCUACAUUUUCUGUUGGUGUAUUUGUAGUUUAAGCCUCAUCUGAGUGCUUAUCAACAGUAGGUCUGCUCAUCAUCUACUGUUUCAUGUAUUGACAGAAUGGGUCCAUUAAAAACCCACAGUUACUCUGUAAUGUAUACAUUUGGUGUUAUGUCAUGUACUGUGUAGCCUAGCUCAAACAUAUCCAUAUACAUCACUUAUUAUGGCUGCAAGUGUGGAUGACAAGAGGGAUAUUCACUGUCAGACUAACAGAUCAGGGGGAAGCCUGCCUCUGCAUACUGUGACGUUGCUUUGAGUCUGUGAUGAAUACUAGAGUUUAGCGCCCCUGACUGUGAUAGCUGAGGAAUUCACAGAGCUCUGAUUGACACUUUACCUUAUCCCCUUACCUGUGUACGCCCGUGCUUUGGCCUGCAAUCUACACACUGUAACACCAAUGCAAAACAGACGGGAUAAUUAUACCGGUGUAACAAAACUACACAAUUGUUAGUGGCCUGGCUAUUUUGCUGCCUGUUUGAAUGCCAUCUGUUUGAGACCUCCUUUAUAAUACCUGAGAACAACUCCAACUGUUCAUUUUGUCAAGUGUCAUGAAAUCAAAGAGUCUAAUGAGGCUGUAAGUCAGUCUGCUGUAGAGAGGAAAUGGCACCUGGUCACGAGAGUUCAGUCCAAAACCCUGAUUCUCAGGUAAGUCAGCAGUACUUACAUAACCAUCAGCAUUCUGUACUCAGUAAAAUGAGGGAUGUUGGGUGUCAUAAAGUUUUCUAGUCAGCAUUGGCUGAAUUUUAACACUCCGUUUUAAAGCCUACUUCAUUUCAAGCUGACAUAUACUAUGAUAAUACAUAUCAUAACUUUAUACAUUCAUGGAUGUUUUUGCACCCCAACUUCCAAGUGAACUAUGGAAAUAUGUGCAAGUACAUCAGUGCCUGAAGUCACUUUACAUAUGUCUAUUUUUUUUUUUUCAGACUGGCAUGUAAAGCAAAGUAUGUUUUGUUUUCUGCUUGUAACAUCAUGUGUAUGACUCUCAUUUAUUUUUUUUUUAAAUAAAUGAGAAUAACUACACUUGAUAUUUCAUAAAGAGGCCAGAACUUUUCCCCCAUUUUGGACUGCAGGAUAUACUUUUACAAGUUAAACAUUGUGGCUUUAUCAUCAAGAUCAUGAUUGGGUUAUACAUUAAUAAGCCUAAAGCUGUAAAUAUUCUAAUGCCUCAAAAGGUUAUCAGAUUGUAGUUUAGUUUUGUAUCAUAAAUACCUUGUUUAUUGACAACCCUGAAAAUAUUUGAUUUUUAUCACAUAUACCAUGGGUGUUAUGUUUUCACCUUUCUUUGAUUGCCUGUUUAUUAUGAAACCGGAGGAAAUGGAUGUAUUGUUCUCUUAUAGGGUAUUCCAUCCGGAUCAUAGAGACGAAAAUUCAGAGCUGAUCUAGGGGUUGUGCCACCUUGUCAGAGAUUGCAGAAGAGUAAGAGUUGUCGCCAUUGAAGUGUCCGCACCAGGCUGUGCCCGCAGUCUGCACAACAGGCCGUGUAUUGAGCCCUGAAAUCUACAGGCUUUUCUGGAUACACGUACAUGGUUUCUGUGAGAGCGGGAGAGAGACUUGACAGAGCGAAGUGUGGACCUAGCCAAUCUGAUCUGAUCCCAGAACUACAGCAGGCACAUGGUCUUAGCCUAGCUGAGUGUCACCACAACUCCUGGCCAUUUACUAGUUUCGUUACUACAGAAGGAAGAGUGAACUUCACCAGCACAGAGAUAAACAAUGCAGAAUUAAAGGCUGUAUUUAUCCGUGUAUUUACUGGAGCACCUGUUGACACCUUGAUGAUACUAAUGAUAACAUAGGUAACCAAGAUCUACCUGUAGAGAUCCGAGCCCUGAUAGAGAAGGGAUUAAGUGGAAGAUAGCCUGAGGAAGUGUGUGUAGAUCUGUACACCUAUUGUUUCCUCUUCCCCUCAGGUUACCCUCUGCUAUAGCACCUGUAUCAGACGACAAUUACUCGACUUGAUGAUGCUGGCGUGGUUACUAAUGAGUCUAGAGAAAUCGCUCCUUAGACAGAGCUUCUAAAUCUGACUGGAACUGUGCUGUUCUUCUCACUCCUGGACAGUGUUGGAUUACCCAGUGGAGAACAGCACAACAUCCCUACUUCAGGCCUCUGUAAUAUACCAACCUCUGACCCGUUGAAGGAAUGAUACAAAAAAAUGCCAGAGAUUUGAAGUCAGGGUUGACGAAAGACUGACAGAUGUAUCUGUAUGAAUUAGCAGACUGAUGGUAAAUAUCAGACAACAGCCACAAUGUCAGAUGCAGAAAGUGGUGGCCAUGUUAAGAGGGAAGCUGAACCGUCUGACCUAAAGGACCCGUCUCCUAACCAUGAAGGACUGACGGGUCAGAAGAACCGUCACAGUGCAGUGAGCCGCCCCCCUAGCUCACACCUAAGCCGUGUGGACGAGGAGCCCUCCUCCACUGAUCGCAGUAAAGCUGGCAGUAGGGUGGAGACAGUGGAUAGGGGGGUUGGGCCUACUCCUCUCCCUCCAACAACAGAAGCCAGGAUUCCCCCAUACUUUGGACAGCCCUUUUUGGACCCACGAAAUGGCCUUGUUGAACCUCAAUAUGGUAUGUCAUUUCCCUACUCACAUAUGCCGUACUCAAUCAACCAUCCAUUACCGAUGAAUUCUCAUACACUUGAGGGACGUUAUCAUUGGCCCCCAUACCCUUAUCACCAGCCUCCACAUGGGUUACCUGGUAGCCCUGCCCAUUCAGACGUCUCCCUGCUGACGAUGCGUAGCCCUGUGGGGGCAGGAGAACCCAUAGCUCACCUUGCCUCACGGAUACACUGGGAACAGAUGCAAAGGAAUUUCUACAGCCCUAUAUCAGGCAGAAGAUAUAGUCCAGCUAGUUUACCAGGACUGCCAUUGAGUGGUCUGGGUAGUUACCCAGCAGAGUUCCUGCCCCACCCUCCUAAUCAGCGGAGUAUGUUCACAGAUGUACCCCCAACCCCAGGAAGCGGCAGUAUAACCCUACCAGGCUCUGUAGAGAGUUCUCGUCUCACAAGUCCACGGCCUUCAGUUGUUGGUAAAAGCCGGAAGAGGGCCCUAUCCCACUCACCGAUCUCAGACUAUCUAGAUAUACAGAGCCUCACACGCAGCUCAGAAGGCUCUCUCCAGUUAACUCCCUUUCCUCAUAAUUCUCGAAGCUCUUCGGCUGCAAGUGGUUCUUACGGCCAUCUAUCUGUAGCAUCUUUAGGAGCAGCGAGUCCAGCUCAUCAACAUUUUGCCACAAAUCCAUUUUAUCGAACUGGGAGUAUACCUGGGUCACCGUUCUUCUACCCAAUGGUACCUUCUGUGUUAGGGCGUACAUCGGGAGGAAUUCCACAUAACGGAACCUCAGCACAACCUUUUGCACACCCCAACCCUCCAAUGACAAAGCUAGAGACACAGGUGAAGACUUGUCAUAAAAUGGCUCAGGGGAUAGAUGCUAAAAGACAGGAAACAUUCAAAGUUCCAUCCACAACAACCAAAGAGCCAACAAACAGUGUGGUCAGUAGUACUGUAGAUCCAAGCUCGGACAUCAAGAAGUCCAAAAUUAAACAGGAGUACGAGUUGUCCCCAGGUGGAGAGAGUUAUGGAGAUGAGGAGCACCGCAGUGGCCAUGAUGGUAGCCACAUCCCUCAGGAGGGAGAGCCAGACUUCAUAGAGACAAACUGCCACUGGGAGGGAUGCUCCAUAGAGUUUGAGACACAGGGAGAACUAGUCCGACAUAUAAACCAAGACCAUAUCCAGGCCAAUAAGAAAUCAUUUGUGUGUCGAUGGAGUGAGUGUAGUCGUGAGGAGAAGCCGUUCAAGGCUCAGUAUAUGCUGGUGGUUCACAUGAGGAGACACACUGGAGAAAAACCUCAUAAAUGCACUUUUGAGGGCUGCAGCAAGGCCUACUCACGGCUAGAGAACCUGAAGACUCACCUGAGGUCCCAUACAGGGGAGAAGCCAUACAUGUGUGAAUACCCAGGCUGUACUAAAGCCUUCAGUAACGCCUCAGACAGGGCCAAGCACCAGAAUAGGACUCACUCUAAUGCUAAACCUUACAUCUGUAGAGCCCCUGGUUGUACCAAGAGAUACACAGACCCCAGUUCUCUGAGAAAACAUGUCAAGACUGUCCAUGGGCCAGACUUUUACAAGAACAAGCGGCAUAAAGGCGGGGAGGAUGGAAGCGGCCCUCAGGGCAAACCCGGUGAUCAGGAUAAGGACCCUCAGGAUGACAGCAAGUUAGUGGAGGGUUGUCUAACAGUCACACCACUGCAGACCACUGCCACAGGCGAGAGGAGGCAGUCUCAGGACAGCAUGGGCGGUGGUACAGGCACUCAUCAACAGUCGCCCCAGGGAAGCCCUGAAGUAAAUGUUGCACAAGUUCAGCCCAGUACAGAUGGAGGGGAGAUUGAGGAACACCUGGGGCCAGGUUUGCUGGGCUCCAUCAGUCAGGAGGCCCUAGAGGAGGAGGUCGACAUCCCAGAACCCGAUGAGGCAGAGAUUCCAGGUCACACUGGUUGCUUGGUAACAAGGACAAAUGCAUUGACCACAAACCGUAACAUGCAGAACAGACUGAAGGGUCGUCUUGCUGGCAAGAACAAGUCCCCAUCCAUCCUCCCUCGGUUACCGAAUGUCAACAAUAAUAGCUAUGGUGGCAGAGGAGAUAAUUGUCAGACGCAGUUCACUGACCUGAAUAACAAGAAUCUGUCUGUCAAACAGACCAGCCCACAACACAAACGUAUCGCAGACCUCACUACUCGUCCAGAUUCUAUGCAGAUGUCUGUGGGUUACCCUGGCAGUCGGCGUGACAGUAACACUAGUACAAUCAGCUCCUACCUCAGCAGCCUGAGAUCGGAUGCCAGCCCAUUUGCCCUAGGCAGUCAGUUCUCCAGCCGGCGCUCCAGUGAGGCCUCCCAACUCUCCACCAGGCUCAGCAUCAUCAACUCACCUUACGACUACGACAUCACUGGCAAUCUCCCCCAUUACUCCCGCAGAUCCAGUGAGUCCAGCAAUGUGGGUAAUGUCGCUGUUCAAUUGUCUAAGGCCAGCUUGGGAAGCCACCCUAACCUAAUGGCUCAGUCACAAGCCAUGACACUGCGCAGUCCGUCCAGCAAGUUCCACAACGAGAAUCUCGCCAGGUUCCUGAACGCACGCAGAGAAAUGGACGGUGCUCGAACUUCAACUCCAUGCCGCACGCCACUACCUCAUGAGAUUCCCAACAGGGAGAUAAGACGAGCCAGCGACCCUGUUAGGGUGUUAGACCCCAACUUCAGCACGCUUAAAAAUCUUCAGCGAUUCCGCAGUUUGAACAUGAUGAAACCUUUACCCGUGCCGUCCACAAUGAAGAGCUUGCUAAACAAGACAGGCUCUCACAACACUUUCCAGUCCUCGCGCAGUAGUAUAGCUACAGACUUUAGCCUACCCGAAGAUGCCGAAUACAUGACCAGUGUCAAUGAAAGCCUUAUGGAAACAGAUCAUGAGUCACGGCUAGAGGACAGAAUGUUAGAGGACAACGAAAAUGUGAUUAUUCCUGAUGAUAUGCAACGGUUUCUCAAUGAGCAGUGUUAUCAUACUAAUGGAGAUGGUAUGUGCAUGGAUGGAGAAAAUCCCUGCCAGAUGUAUAUGCCCUCCAAUGGACAGCAAGAUAACCAGUUUUGUAAUUCUCAAGUGCCAGUGCAACAACAACAGCAGAUGGGGAGAGUUCCUCAGGACAUGCAGUUCUCACCCAACCAAGGCUCGGUUCAGGGAUAUGGCUACAAUCAAAACUGUAACCAAGCAAUUCAAGAAAAUAAUUCUCAUUUUAGUCCAAAUCAAAGUGCUCAUACAAACCAAAUACAACAGAUGCAGCAAAUGCAGCAACAAAUGCAACAAAUGCAGCAAAUGCAACACCAGAUGCAGCAGAACUGGAAUGAAAUGCAGCAGCAAGCUAUGGGCAACCAGCAGAUGGCGAGACAGAUGCCUAAUACAGACAUACCGGUGUAUGGUCCUGUGCAACAACAACAGAUGGACCACACAGCCCAAGGAAUGGGGAAUAACAUGACCACUGGCAUGACUGGAAACAUGCAACAAAUGAACAUACAGCAGCAGUGGGCUAUGAUGAAUGGUCAGCAGUUGCAGCCUGGGAUGCAGAUGAACCCACACCCACCAGCAUCCAGCAAACCCAUGCAGCAGCAGCAGAUGCAGCGGCGCUUUGGCCCUCAGAAACCACAGCAGAGAACGAGUCCUCUGGUGCAGGUGCCCCAUGUUAGUCAAUCGCAGAUCCCACCCAGGGCUAAGGCGGCCAACAGAACCCAGCAGCAGAUGAAACAGCCACAAACCAACGGUCAUAACAUGCAGUUCCAAAAUACUCCACACAUAAAUAACAGCCAGAUGGUAGCAAACAACUACCAGUCCAAAAUGUAUCCGAUGAAUGGUGACCGAAAUGCUGCCAUGAUGGCACAACAGGCCAUGUACCAGCAGUCCAUGAUGAUGCCUCCACCUGGACCCCCUCAGAGUGCCCAGCACCCACAACACCCCAUGGGGGAACUGCCCAGUUGCCAGAUGAUGCAGCAACAGCAGGGCUUGUGUCCCCCCAUGGGUGGUGAUCCCAGUGAUGUGCCCAGUCCGGGCAUGGCAGCAGGACCAUACAGUAGUAAUAUGGGUAUGUCUCCUGGAUGUAACCAGGUGACCAGUUCCACAGACAGGACAGAAACCACUGCCCCUCCCAUAGAGGAUUUCAUGGACAACCUGAACUCCAUCUCCACAGAAAAUCUCAUUGACAAUCUCAGUUCCAUAUCGUCAGAGAACCUGAACAGUAACACAAUGUUCAGCCCCACAAACUUUAACCCGGGCAGCAGGUCAGCCUCUCAGACCUCUCGCUACAACACCCCAGUCCUCAACACCAACAACAUGGUGGUGAAUGACAUGAGCUCCAUGCUGACCCAGUUAGCCGAGGAGAACCGCUACCUGAGUAUGAAGUGAGCCCUCCAGCUGGUCUGGACGGACUGUCAUACUGCGCUGACUAGUAAGGGAGUCUCUACAGCUUCUUGCAGUGAGAGGCUUGUACAUAAGAUUUGUACAAAACUAUGUAGAAGUGGAGGACUACAGCUCUGCUGCUUAGGAUGUUUGACAGUUGUUCUCAGUAUUGGUGCAUUCUUCACUUGCUAUAAGCAAAGUGGAAAGGAAUAAACCCCAGUGUUCCCAUACAGCAAAAGUGCUUUUUCAUGACUUAACAUGGUUUAUAGGAAGACAACCUCAAAUUAUAUGAAUUUGUGGAAAUUCAAGGGUUAUAGAGCUCUGUAACAUGACAGAAUGGAGCCUCAAAGGAAUUUGUAAAGAUUUUUUUUUCUUGUCUGCAUUUCUCAUGUAUGUUAAGGUUUAUCCUUGUUAUUGUCUGUUAGAUUAGAGUUUAUAAUUGUGUUAUAUUUUACUGAAUCACUGUUUGUUCUGAACUUAUCAAGUUCUAAACUUACCCUCAAGAACAACAAAACUGUUGUAUUCCUAUGUAUGAAGGGACUAUCAUUAAGUUUCAUUGUUUUUAAUAUAAUGUCAUCUUGUUUCAUUUUAGACAAACAAAGUGCCUGUUUUUGUCUAAUUUUUAGUUUAUUUUUGUUACAUCAAUCUCAGAAUGUAAGUCUGAAAUUUGUACAAUAUUAUGGCCUUUAUAUUCAUGUGAAUAAUGACGUUUUUUUUCCCCUUUUGUUCAAAACUAACCAUGUUUUCAUAUGGAAAUUGCUGUUAAGAAACAAAGUCUGUUGCACUUGAAGUGUUGUAGUUUUUAAGGGAUUAAAGUUUUAGUAUAUAUAUAUGUAUAUAUUUAUAUUGGCCUAAAUGAAGGUGGUAUGAAAGUUGAUGCAUGAAUGGUCAUUGUUGAGUGUUUUGGGAGGAGAUCAAGUGAGAAUACAUUUUUUUUUCGUGAAUUGCAUAAUACAAAGACAUAAAUUUGUCACCCUGUGCUUUUGUUUGGGCAGCACUUGUAAAUACAUAUGAAUCACCAGAGAUAUGACAACCUUUAUACCUGUGCUAUAUCACAUCAAUACCAAAGGUAAACCCUCACUAUGCAAAGAAAAUCUUGUCAUGUAACAGAGAUUUGAAGACUAUUCUUUUUUCUUUCUAAAAUUGGCCGUUGAACAAGGCCUUAUAUAUAUCUUUGUACAGGUUCAUCUUUGACACAAAGUUUUACAUUGAUCUGUCCUGGGAUUUUAUUGCCUGUUUUAUACUCUGGACAAACUUGCCUGAAGCAUUUUUACUUGAACGUAUACCUUACAUUUUAACCUUUCUCGCUGUUUUAUACGUUAUCAGGAUGUUUCUGUCUUCCCACCAUUGUUCAACAUGUUACUUGUUAUUGAUAAAUAGUUUUCAUUAGCGAACAACUACUGAUGUAAGCAUGGCUGGUAGCAUAAUAAAUGCAUUUCUUUGUGCAAUGAUAGGAUGUGUAUGUGGGAAAGCACUGUGUAAAGGGAGGCAACUUGUGCUAGAAUGAACAUGACUCGAGCAUAAAUUGUGUUAUUUUGGCAUGUUGAGCUAAGUUGUGAAUAGACAACAGUAACCAGCUGUUUAUCACAUUUACCAUCACUGUUUUGUCAAGAGGAACUCUUUGUGUUACUUGUUUUUCCUGAUAAAAGGCUUGUAAGUGCUAAACUUGGAUGGUGUCCAUUAAUUGUACUCUAUGUAUAUCAUUACAAUUUCAGUUCUUACCUCAUUUUUUGUGCUAUAGUGACCUUGCUUAUAUGUCCACCUUGUAUGUUUUUUGGAAGGUGAUGUCUCAUCGAAGGGCUAGAAGCCAAGAAUUAACAUUCAGAUUCACAAUGUUCUGAUAACAUUGUGCAAACCACCAAACUUAUCUGUUGGCCGUCCAUACAUGUAGGAGUUAUGAAAACCAAAAUGAUUUUGCAUUUUAACCUACAAGUUUUCAAUGAAUAUGUGACAUCUGUAACUCAAGACGGAUAUAUGGACUCUUUCUGGGACGUGUAUCUGUGUUUACAUUGUUACUGUUGUCUCACUGUACAUGUAUAUACACCAUACAAUAAACAUCUGAUAGCGCCACAGCAAACAGUAACUUGUAAAUCAA